GAGGGGGAGGUUUCGAAUACCGCGGCCGAAGUCUACUUUGACAGUCCGAUGUAUCGUAAAUUGUUUUGAUUUAUAGUGCGGAUAAGCACGCAUCACGUUCCGGUGGACGACAUCUUCCCGAAACCUUUUUAUUUUAGUUCUAAAGGAGAAGUUAAUUUAAGACGAUGUUCGAGUGGGCAUAUGAUGGUAUAAAUGGCUCUAUACCACGCAACGUUGGUCCAGAAUGUGCAAAUUACCUGACCCUGAAGCGAAGGAUCAUAGAAACACUAUUUAUAUCUGCAUAUAUCAUAUCCUGCAUCAUAUGGGGCCUGAAGCAUGUAACAUUGCCAAAGAAUCUGGCCUACGUCGGUCAGGAUCGUGUCGGCAGGCGAGUCCUGCUGAUUAUAAUGUCAUUAGUCCUGGGAAUGGAGAUUGGCUUUAAAUUUACCAGCAGAACUGUUAUAUAUUUGUUAAAUCCUUGUCAUAUUACAACGGCUCUACAAUUGUAUUUGUUGGCUGCGGAUCCUAGUCCGACAGUCACUGCUAUCUUCAGGAUACAUUUAAAUCUGUUGAAUGGACCGGUACUAGCAUACUUGUUUCCAGAGACAGAAUCUAGAAUUAUAUUGGCAGACAAAGCAAUGUAUUAUAUUCAACAUGGUUUAAUGCUAGUCAUACCAUAUUAUUUAUUGAGGAUUGGAGGUGUAUAUAACAUUGAGCCUUUAUCUGAUAUGAGCUGGUCAAUUCUCAGUUUUGGCCUCAAUGCAGGAUAUCAUUUUUGGAUUCUUCAAAGCGUUGCCUUGCCUGUACAGGUAAAUCUCAGUCACAUGUUAUGUGCAGCUGUUCUGGAUCCAUUUGAAGGUCAAAAUUAUCGAAUAUGGGCAAUAACUCAUCAAUCGUUAUUGUGUCCCACACUGUCUAAAUUGUUUAGUUUUGGAUCCAAUUUUUUCUUGACCAAGUUUCCACCAACUAGAGUUAAACAAACAUUAGAAUGCACAAUUCCAAAGAAGAAUUGUACAUAUGAACAGAACGAGAAGUUACAUGAAGACUCUAAUACCUCAGGAAAUGGCCAUACACAUUUUGAUUAGUUUGACGGCAGGAGUUGUCAAGGGUACAUGACUUUAUCUUGAUUGAACUAUCGCAUUUAUAAUUAUAUCUAUUAUAACAUCUUCAAACAUCAUCUACAGGAAAGUUAC